CAUCAUCGUCGUCGUCGUCACGAAGGAAUUUGUUGAAGAGAUCUCGAUUGUCUGCGAGCAUCAGGGCUCGUAAACCCUAAACCCCGACUCGGGAUCGCCGAGUCGAGGGGGAGGGGGGAGGGAUCACUGAGGUCUAUCGCACGGGAGGUCUCUUCUUCGACGUCGGAGCUCUGACGUUUCUCAUGGAUCGCGGUUGGGCUUACAGGCCUGUCUACGGUCUGCCCGCUGCUGCGCCUGGGCAGAACUCUCAGCAGCAUGGGAUGAAUCCGUCCAUGCUCGAUGCGCACGGGAGCCCCCUUUCCAUGCAAACUACUGUGGAGGGGUGCAGGAGCCGUAAUCACUCAAGCGACGCGGAGCCCUGGAUGUCACCUGUACCUGUGCAUAUUGUCACUCAUCCUGCACAGCUCCCAACGUCCUUUUUGCGGCCCAAUCCUCAUCAGCCAUUCGUUAUUGGUUUCGAUUGUGAAGGAGUUGAUCUCGCCCGCUAUGGCCGCCUCUGUGUCAUGCAAUUGGCAUUUGACAACGCCGUCUACCUUGUGGACGCAGUGUUGGGAGGCAAUGCAUUGAUGCAAUCUUGUAAACUGGGCUUGGAGUCGCCCUAUAUAAUCAAAGUUUGUCAUGACUGUAAGCGCGACAGUGAGGCCUUGUAUUUCCAGUACAAUAUCAAACUGAACAACGUAUUUGACACUCAGAUUGCCUUCUCUUUGUUAGAAGAGCAACGUGGGAAGAAUUGGAUGCCUGAUGACUACAUUUCCUUUGUGGAUCUAUUGGCAGAUGAACGGUAUUGUGGUGUAGCUUACGAUGAGAAAGAGGAGGUGCGAAUGCUGCUGAGGAAGGAUCCUCAAUUUUGGGCGCAUAGACCGUGGACUGUGAUGAUGAAACGCGUAGCAGCCGAUGACGUGCGAUUUCUUCUUUGCAUUUAUGAGCGUAUGGUGAAGUCCUUGACGGAUCUGUCUAAGUGGCGUCUUCAUGUUCGAAGCUCCCUUUAUUGCCAGUGCUUCUGCGUUGGUGCUGAUUGUUUCUUAGGUGGACCCCUUCCACCCCCUCCAGAGCAAGCGGUCGAUGGAGAACUUCCACAAGAGGAGGUACUUGCUGUAGUAGAUGUUCCUUGUGGAAAGAUGGGUCUUGUUAUUGGUAGAAAGGGUUCCUCCAUACUCUCCAUCAAGCAAUGCUGCAGGGCUGACAUCUUCAUUGGGGGACAGAAAGGACCUCCAGACAAGAUCUUUGUCAUUGGAGUGGUCAAGGAAGUGCGCAAAGCAGAGGCAAUAUUGCGUGGAAAGUUUCUUCCAAAUUGAGGUUGAUGGUUUCGCAUAGGAUGACACUGUGCUGAAGAAUUGAGCCCUGCACUAUUUCGGAGUCCUUCGGUUGUACGUCUGCAACUUAUCACCUUCUUUCAUGGACAGCCUCUAUGAUGGGCCAUCUUUUUAUUCUAGAACGUUUCAUAUAUAAAGUCUUCAGACCUGUUUGUUUCGUCUUUCAGGUUAUAGAUUGUAUGUUCAACGUGUAUCAGGGUUUUGGAUUCAUGGUUAAUUUGGCAGACGCAGUUGUGAACAAUAGACGGGUAAGCAAUAAGUUCUUAAAUAGGAUUUUUGUGAAGUUGCCUGGUGGGAGACGUGGUGAUAGGAUUUUGUACUACUCUUUAAAGUAUUUUGUAUUGUAGAGGAUCUAGUAUCCGUGCCUUAUGUUCGUUCCUGACAUGGAGAUGAAGACCAUGUUAGCAAACCUCAAGUAAAUUUGUUAUUUUCCUUUCUUUUGGCUAGUCACAAGACA